AUCGCCGUAAAAGGAAUUAUAAACCUCGACAAGAUCUUCCCACGUUCUGAAAACUAAGUUUGAAAUCAAGUUACAUAUAUUCAUUGACCUCCUUGCGAUAACGUUCUUUUCCCAUUUCUUUCCAAUUACGAUCCAGGAAACAUGCAAUUAACUGAAGCAUUCUGUUAUAUAACUCGUAAUAAAAAGUUUAUACUGUCUGGACAAUAAUUUUUAUCUAAAUUGUCCAUUUUAUCGUUUCUUACUCGGACAACAUCAAUUUUUUCUUCUGUAAGCUAACGAGUCUUUUUCAUUUUUUAAAACUAACUGCAAUCAGUUCCAAGCUGAUAAAGAUUUCCAGUUUCAAUGUCUGUGUGCCCAAGUUGGAAAGAAAUCACGUUCUUCUACUUCUGUCAUAAAAACCUGCCUUGUCUUUCUUUCAUUCUAGGUCUACAUUUCUUAUUUUUGGACGUUUUCCCUCGACUGAUUCAACUCAAGAUGCCGCUUAACAAUGACUCCGGCGAGCACGAUCUUAUAAAAAAUUACCAUAUGGCAGGGCCGCCGCAAAGGCAACGGCCAAAAACUGCCGGAAUGGCCCCAAGCGGCCAUUUCUUUGGCCACCGUCCGAUGUCCACUAAGGCGCUGUCACCGCUUCACUGGACCCAAGAAUAUCGUUCCAAAAUUGGGUCCGCUAAAACCGUCAUCUCUUCGUCAAAAAGUGUCGAGCUUGAAAACCAGCUGGUCUGUGGUGACGCUAAGCAGCGCGCAGAAUCUCACAAGAAAUUCGUGGAGGCUCUACUGGAGAAGCGUCGCUCACAGGUCAAGUAUUGGAGAUCAGAAGUGGACUUGAGAAUUGACUUCUUGACUGUCGAAUCGGGCAACUUGGACACGAUGGCUGCAAGACUUCAAAAGCAACACGAUUUGUAUUUUCAUCCGCUCCAAGUGGCACAAGAGUGUCUUAAACUGAGAUCGGAACGUGGGUCCAGCGAAGUCGUGGAAGACGAACCGCAGUUCGCUUUGCUCGACGAGGUACGCGAACUGACGCGAUGUCGAGCGUCGCUGGCCAAGGCUCUCGACGAAACUCUCAACCAGGCACGUCGUAACAGGGCUGCGACAUAUCAGUUAAAGAAGGACUUUGCAAACAAGAGUUCAGCGUUGCAUGUCGAUUCAGUGGUGGCUGACUUGUUGCCUUCGGAAAAUCAUUCAAAUAUCCUACCCGUCGAGGUCAUCUCUGCCAGUGCUUUGAGUGUCGCAGAAUGGGAGGAGCGUUGUCGUGCAUUGGUGGAGAAGGCUGAGCAGCAACACCUGCGCUCCCAUAAGGUCGUAGAGGAAGAGCAGUCUAUGGAGAGAAGUCAAGCUGCUCUUCAGGCUGAACUCUCGGCCAAACGCCCAUCAUUCGCUCAGGCCCUCACAAGCUUGCGGAUUCGGUCGGCAAAACCAAGACUGGAGCAAGUCAGAGACGAGGCAGAGACGGCGCUGUACCGCGAAGUGGUGGAUUUGGAGCAGAGCAUCGAGCGUCUACACGACGCGGUCAGAGCGUCAGCGAAGGCCGCGCAGCGUCUGGCAGCGACAAGGGUGGCGCUAGAAGAUGACAUCAACAGGAAAGCUCAGGCGCUCUACGUAGAUCAGGUGAAGGUGAUGAACCUACGAGCCACAGUAGAUGUCGACAAAUUCUGAACGUUGGAGCAUUUCAACGGCAACUGCGCGCCAAUCAUUUGUUCAGCCAUAUACUAUAAUCUAUGCACUAAAUCGAUCAACACAAUCAUUGGCAGUCACUAUUAUAGCAGAGCACCUAAACUGUGUCUUC